AUGAGAAACCAUACCAAGCAAGUGCGCGUUAGGAAUCUAAGUAAGGAAGUGACAACAUACACAGCACCCAUGAUAAACCAUACCAAGCAAGUGCGUGUUAGGAAUCUAAGUAAGGAGGUGACAACAUACACAGCACCCAUGAUAAACCAUACCAAGCAAGUGCGUGUUAGGAAUCUAAGUAAGGAGGUGACAACAUACACAGCACCCAUGAGAAACCAUACCAAGCAAGUGCGUGUUAGGAAUCUAAGUAAGGAGGUGACAACAUACACAGCACCCAUGAGAAACCAUACCCAGCAAGUGCGUGUUAAGAAUCUAAGUAAGGAAGUGCAUGUUACUCGCGUGGGUUUGGUUUGUACCUAUCAUUUGAAUCUCCGUCUGCGUGAACGAGGUCAUGACAUUGCCGAUGGUGCUGAUGAGUCCCAAAGUGUAGGUCAAGGACAGGCCCACUAG